CCCUAAUCUCUAACCCCCAUUAUUUAUUUUAUAUAUACAUAUUUUUUGAAAAUAAUUUAUUUAUAUGCAUAGCAGUUGAAAUUAAUUAAUACACAAUGAAUGAUGAAUGAUGAAUGAUGAUCAUAAUCAAUUUUAAGCAAAUUUAAGCAAAAGCAAAAGCCUUAUGGAAAAGUGUUCUAAAUUAGGAAACUGAAGAGGGUGAGUCCCAUUGUUGGUCUGUCAUGAUCUCUUUCUGAGCUAUUUCGUCUUUUAGAAUAUUCCAUUAUCUCUCUCUCUCUCUCUCUCUCUCUCUCUCUCUCUAUCUACUCCGAUUUUUGUUUCCAAUUUUAUGCCCUCUGAUUCCUAUUUCUAUUAUACCUCUCUCUACUAACUCACCACCGCGUUUUUUGUUUUUUUUUUUUAUUCUUACUUAGCGUUUAAUCUCUAUUUUUUAUUAUUAAAAAAUAAAACCUAAUUAAGUGGGGAUAUGUUUAUUGCUUCGUAGACAAGCUUACUUAUAAAUAUAUAUAUAAAUCUUUUUUCUUCUUUUUCUUUUUUCUUUUUUUCUCAUUCAUCAGUAAGAGUAGAGAUAGAUUCUAGUAUUUUUCUCCCAACCCAAACAUCCUAGCUGCUGCUGUAAACCUCCACCCCCCUCAUCAUGGAGUUAAAAGAAGAAGCCACAGGGUUCGUGAGCUCCAAGCUCAAGAUUCCGAAUCCUCCCGGAGAAGAAGAAAAGCAACAGCAAGAUCAAGAAGAUGAAGAAGAAGAACAGCAAGAUCAAGAAGAUGAAGUAGAAGAACAAGAAGGUGUUGUCACUGUUGGAGCAGCUGCUGGAACUCGUGUGUGCCAAUUGUGCGGUAAGAUUUUCAGAUCCGGAAAAGCACUCGGAGGUCACAUGAGAAUGCACUCUCAGUACUCUCAACCCGCCGAUCGAAAUCGGAGUAGCAAUAGGAGUAGAACUACCGCCGCCGCCGCAGCCGCCGCCACUCACUUUACGGCGAACACCACUACUACUACUACUACAACAACAACCAACACGUCCGAUCAUACGACGCCGCCGGUUUGUUGCGUGUGCGGAAAGAAUUUCCUCUCCAUGAAAGCUCUUUUUGGCCAUAUGAGAUCGCAUCCCGAUAGAGAAUGGAGAGGAAUUCAACCUCCUCUUCCUUCUCUUCCUCCGGCCACCACCGCAGCCGCCACCGCCAAAACCACUACUUCCUCAUCCACUCUCUCCGACGACGAUCAAAUUGCCGAUUCAGCUUCCGCAGCCACUGCGGCCGUUGAUUGUCAUCAUCAUCGUGAUGUUGAUCUGUCAAAGAGUUUGUACGGUUGCAGUUGGCCUGUCAGCACCAAGAGAGGUCGCAGUGGCAGCAUCAUCAGCAGCGGCAAAACCGUUGCGAAGAAGAACGAAGCUGAGGCUGUAUCUGAUCUGCUUAUGCUGUCUCGCCGCGGCAGCACAACAAUUGAUAAAGAAGAUCAAGAAUUCAAUUUCAGGAACAGGAAGCGACCUGAUGAUGAUGAUGACGUGGACAAAGGAAAAGCGAAUUACAAGCUUCGUCAUGUUGGAGAGGAUUAUUUUUACUCGGAUAGUCAGAAUUCCGAAAGCAUUAAUGCAAUGGGCAACAUAAAGGACGACACCAUGAACAUGAUGAUGAUGAAGAAGAAGAGAAGGAAGAUGAAAUUGGCAGACCUUGAAGAAAGAGGAGUUAUGGUUGCAAAUAAUGCUAAUAAUAACAAUACUGAUAAUAAUAGAUCAUACACUUGCAAUAUUUGCAAUAAAUCUUUCCCAACCCACCAAGCAUUGGGAGGUCACAGGUCUAGUCACAAUAACAGCGUCAACAACAUCAGGAAGAUGGAUCAUCAUCACCAUCAUCAAUGCAAGAUUUGCAAGAAGAUGUUUCCAACUGGUCAAGCUCUUGGGGGUCAUAAGAGAAGCCACUGGUAUAAUAAUAUCAAUAAUGCCCCUGUGGAAGUCUUAGCUGAUCAAUCUACAUCGUUAUCGCCUGGAGAAGCUAGUCAGACUACUAAUCGUCUGAAAGCAGUUAUUAGCUUUGAUCUCAAUGAGCUCCCACCUAUGGAGGAGGAGGAUGAUAAUAAUGAUAAUGAUAACGAUGAUUAUGUUGAGCAAGUUGUCUCCACUUCAACUUUGACUCUGCAGGUGAGCUAGCUAGCUAGCUACAGUAACUACUGUACUAACAACAAUUUACUACAGCUUCUUAUUCUUCUAGUUGCAAAAUUAGUUAAUUAGCUAGUUAGAUUGAAUUCAUGAUUAAUCCCCAGUACAAUUUGGAAGAUAAUUAAUGGAAGUGAUCAUCAGCUAAGUAGUGAUAGUUGAAGAUGGCAUAUAGUUUUCGGUUAGGUUUUUGUUCUUUUCAGUAGUGGUGAUGAAAAUAGUAUUUACAGAGGAACCCUCUUGGUUGUUUCCUGUUUAAUCUGGUGGGGUCAUUAGGCCUUUGUCUUUUGUGUUAAUUUUCUUCAUGUAAAGCAUGAUGGUCCGGCAGGAUUGUUAUGAAGGGAAAUAUCCAAAAGGGCCUACUUUCUUUCUUUUCUUCCUUCCUUUGAAUCUUCAUGUAUACAUUUAUACUUUUGGACCCUAUUCCAUCUAAUUUCAAUUUUCUUAAUUA